AUGACAACGUUCGGAUUGGAAGGGAAACUGGCACUUGUAACAGGUAAGCAGAUCAAUGAUUACUUUGCUCGCUCAAAUUUCAAAAUGCUGUUUACCAGCAAUUUUUAAUCGAAAAACAAACAAAUGACAAACAACAUAUGCUUCUUAGAGGGCUCAUGGCGAAGUUGUAUUUAGUUUAUUUGUAAAAUUAAUAACUUUUUAUAAAGGCGCGGCCAGAGGAAUUGGAGCGGCCACAGCCCGCAAAUUUGCUGAACAUGGAGCUAAUGUAAUCCUGGUGGACCUGAGAAGGGAAGAGCUUACAGAGACCGCGGAGAAACUUAAAGAUGGUAAAUGUUAUGCCAAUUAUUAAGCCUAAACACAACUUAUAGGCUUUCCAAACUUGAACAUUGAGCCCGAAAUUUGUGAUGUCAGCAAAAAAAGCGAAGUUGAUGCCCUAGCCGAGAGAUUGGACAAGAAAUUCCCUCAUACAAUUGAUAUCCUAGUAAAUAAUGCAGCUAUUCUGCUGGUAAAACAGUACCUGGAUGUCACUGAUUACGAAUUUGAAAACGUCCUAAGUGUAAAUUUGAAGUCAGUUCAUUGGGUGGGUCGACGUUUCUACGAACUUCGUAUCAUGUUAUCUCUAAUUCACCAAUAAAUUCAGGUAACGCAAGAAUUCGCCAAAAGAGCCGUCGCUCAGAAAAGACCCAUGUCAGUGAUCAAUCUCUCCUCUAUCACAACAAAUGCUGGAAUGUUGGAGUUAUCUCCGUAUGUCGCUGCCAAGGAUGGAAUCAACGGACUGACCAAGGUCUUGGCCAGAGAAUUAGGCCAGUACAACAUAAGAGUUAACGCCAUUAAACCCGGCUUCGUGGACACACCGAUGAAUACACAUUUGGAUGAGAAAUACAGAGCCGAGGUGGCCAAGAAGACGCCCUUAGGGCGAUGGGCAAAGCCCGAGGAAAUCGCGAAUGUAAUCGUUUUCUUCGCCUCGGACCUGGCUGGAUUCUGCACGUGCAGUUUCGUCGAUGUAAAUGGAGGAAUGUCGAUAUGA